UCUGAUUCAUGAAGUUGAGUUUUCAUUUUAAUAACCGUUUCUCAUACAGUAAUAGAUUUUACUGAAACCAAAAUAUGGGAUGGGCGUGCUUGCUCUUAGAACUUCAUUCCUUACACUGUUUUACUGAAUAAACCGGUGUCAGAUGACACACUUGUAUGAAUUUUUUCUUCCUUCUGUACUCGUAUUGGCUGCAAUACACAGGGAAUUUCCCUGACACUGCUAGGUGAGCGGGAAAUUCAAAGUAUCAGCAGAACAGGUAAGAGCUCCGUGAUUAUAACUCAGGAGAAGUGAAAGUAUCUGAACAGAAGCCGUGUCCGCUCUCAGAGGAUGAGUUCAAAUCCUACCACCCUAACUAUGAAAAAGAAACUAAUAAUAGUGAGCCAUCUGAGAGGUCUGGAUGGGAAUAGACUGGAACAUUUUAAGAAGGCUCUUUGUGAGCAGAAGCCUCCCCCUGGAGCUGGACUCAUUAAGAUGGAAAACAUUGAAGACAAAUCCAUUGAGGAAAUUGUUGACUUUAUCUUCAGAUGUCACACUGAAAGACAUGGACCAGCAACCAUCAAAAAGGUUCUUAAAGAAAUCAAUGAGAAUCAGAUAAGGUCGUCGAUAGAGAGAGAGCUCAGGAAUGUUAAAUCAAAAUGCAUGGAAGGUACACAAGUAUUAAACAUCGCUCCGACAAAUGUGCUACCGACCCGUGUUGAUGUACCAUUCUCUGAACCCUCAACCAAAAAACUUAAAAGAGACCAAGAUGGAGAUGCUGUGCCAGGAGCCUCACAACACAAAGAAGCAACUGCAAGUAAAAGUGAAGGACAUAGACCAGCACAUUCACUACUCAAAAAAGAACCACAACUACAAGUCAGUCCAAAACAAAGCACCAGUACAAAGAACAUAUUUCAUACAACUCCCAAUAAGCAAUUUGGAGUAGCUCCUUUCAUUGCAUCUUCCACAGUUAAAUCAAAAUGCAUGGAAGGUACACAAGUAUUAAACAUCGCUCCGACAAAUGUGCUACCGACCCGUGUUGAUGUACCAUUCUCUGAACCCUCAACCAAAAAACUUAAAAGAGACCAAGAUGGAGAUGCUGUGCCAGGAGCCUCACAACACAAAGAAGCAACUGCAAGUAAAAGUGAAGGACAUAGACCAGCACAUUCACUACUCAAAAAAGAACCACAACUACAAGUCAGUCCAAAACAAAGCACCAGUACAAAGAACAUAUUUCAUACAACUCCCAAUAAGCAAUUUGGAGUAGCUCCUUUCAUUGCAUCUUCCACAGAACCACAACCACAAGUCAGUCCAAAACGAAGCACCAGUACAAAGAACAUAUUUCAUACAACUCCCAAUAAGCAAUUUGGAGUAGCUCCUUUCCAUGCAUCUUCCACAGAGCCGGAACCACAAGUCGACCUGAAACAAGGCAACUUUAAAACCAACCUAUUUCCUACAGCUUCCACCAACCCAUUUGGAAUACUUUACGCCAAUGCAUCUUUCAAAAAAUCUAAACCACGACUCAAUCAGAUGCAAGACAUCUUCACAAGCAAUAUAUCCUAUACAGCUCCCACAAAAAAUUGGGUAGUAGUUUCUUCCAAUGCAUCCAAAGAACCAAAACUACAAGUCAAUCCGAUACAAGGCAACACAAGCAGCAUAUAUCAUAGGGCUCCCAGCAAUCAAUUUGGAGUAGCUUCUUCCCAUGCAUUUUCCAAAAAACCAAAGCCACAAGUUCAUCCAAUACAAGGCAACAUUGCAAGCAACAUAUCCCAUACAGCUCCCAGCAAGCAAAUGGGAAUAGUUCCUCACUUCCUUCCUUCCUAUGCAUUUAAAGAACCAGAACCACAAGUAAAUUCAAUACAAAGCAACAUUACAAGCAACAUAUCUCUUACAGCUCUCAGCAAGCUAUUGGGAGUAGCUCCUUCUAAUGCAUUUAAAGAACCAGAACCACAAGUAAAACCGAUACAAAGCAACAUUACAAAAAACAUAUCUCUUACAUCUCCCAGCAAGCAAUUGGAAGAAGCUCCUUCCAAUGCAUUUAAAGCACCGAGAGACAAUGGCUGCGCUGCUAUCAAUGUAUCCAAUCAGGACCAGCCAUUGCUGGUGUGCUUGUCCCCGGGGCGAGAAAGACAGGGCCCAGAACCAGAACCACAAGUAAAACCAAUACAAAGCAACAUUACAAGCAACAUACCUCUUGCAUCUCCCAGCAAGCAAUUGGGAGAAGCUCCUUCCAAUGCAUAUAAAGAACCAGAACCACAAGUAAAACCGAUACAAAGCAACAUUGCAAGCAACAUAUCCAAUACAGCUCCCAGCAAGCAAUUGGGAGAAGCUCCUUCCAAUGCAUUUAAAGAACCAGAACCAGAACCACAAGUAAACCCGAUACAAAGCAACAUUACAAGAAACAUAUCCCAUACAGCUCCCAGCAAGCAAUUGGGAGAAGCUCCUUCCAAUGCAUUUAAAGAACCAGAACCACAAGUAAACCCAAUACAAAGCAACAUUACAAGCAACAUAUCUCUUACAGCUCCCAGCAAGCAAUUGGGCGUAGCUCCUUCCAAUGCAUUUAAAGAACCAGAACCACAAGUAAACCCAAUACAAAGCAACAUUACAAGCAACAUACCUCUUACAGCUCCCAGCAAGCAAUUGGGAGUAGCUCCUUCCAAUGCAUUUAAAGAACCAGAACCACAAGUAAAACCAAUACAAAGCAACAUUACAAGCAACAUACCUCUUACAGCUCCCAGCAAGCAAUUGGGAGUAGCUCCUUCCAAUGCAUUUAAAGAACCAGAACCACAAGUAAAACCAAUACAAAGCAACAUUACAAGCAACAUAUCUCUUACAGCUCCCAGCAAGCAAUUGGGCGUAGCUCCUUCCAAUGCAUUUAAAGAACCAGAACCACAAGUAAACCCAAUACAAAGCAACAUUGCAAGCAACAUAUCUCUUACAUCUCCCAGCAAGCAAUUGGGAGUAGCUCCUUCCAAUGCAUUUAAAGAACCAGAACCACAAGUAAACCCGAUACAAAGCAACAUUACAAGCAACAUACCUCUUACAGCUCCCAGCAAGCAAUUGGGAGUAGCUCCUUCCAAUGCAUUUAAAGAAACACAACCACAAGUCAUUUCGAUACAAAGCAGCGCCAUUACAAGCAACAUAUCCCAAUCCCAUACAGCUCCCAACAAGCAAUUGGGAGUAGCUCCUUCCCAAGCUUCCAAAGAACAUUCUCAGACAGAAAAAUCUCUGCCCAACACCAGUGUGGAAAAGGAAACAAGAGACAUUCUAGCAACUCAUUUGAAAACACUGGGAGAAGCCGGUAUAGCAAAAUUUAAGGAAUGUCUUUGUUUAAUAAAGCCACCUCUUAAAGGAGGAAAAAUUCAGACAAGACAUGUUAAAGAUAAAUCUGUGGAAGAUAUGGUUGACCUCAUCAUUCGCUAUCAUACUAUAAGACAUGCGCGGGCAACGGUCAGAAACGUUCUUGCUAACAUGAAGGAAAACAAUCUAAAAAUGUUGAUUGAGAAAGAUUUCAGAACGAGUUCAUCACGAUCCAACCCCAAUAUGUUAAAACAAAAUAUAAUAAUCAAGGUUCUCAAAAAUCUGGAUGCAGAGAGCUUGGAAGAGUUUAAGAAUGCUCUUUGUUCCAUAAAUCCUCCACGUGGAUGUGAGCAAAUGACCAUGAACAAUCUUAAAGAUAAAUCUUUGGAGGACAUAGUUGAGUUUAUCCUCAAGUAUUACACUCAAAGAUAUGGACCAGAAAUGAUCAGAAAUGCUCUUAAAAUAAUUGGGAAAGAUAAAAUGUGGAAGAUGAUCCAGAAUGAUCUCAAGGAAGGGGCCAAACAAGAAAGGAAAAUGGAAAAUGAAAAAAAGAAAGGUAAGAGAGAUUUGGAAACCGAUGUUGACUCAAACUCUACUGUAGAUUUACGCAAAAUUCACGUGGUGCUCCUGAAAUAAAGGCAAACGUUCUGCUGAUGCUAGGGGAUCUGUGAGUGGUUGGAUGGAGAGGAGCAGCGCUAUCGGUACAGAGGAGGGGAAAGAUGGUGAAG